GGUCAUUAUUUUGAUGACGCGCGCUUGACAGCCCGGCUGUGGGACAGGAGUGGGCGGAGCUAUAGUUUUUAACUUAAGGCUUGGUGCAGAGGUGCGGCUGCAGUACGAGGGAAGAUUUUGCGUUAAUAUUCUUUCACUUCGGACAACACCUUUUGUUCUUCUAGAGACCAUGUCUGAUAUGAAUAAUGGUGGCAGAGCAGGUGGAGGAGACCAUGUGGACGCCAAGAAGAUGGACUCCUCAACGGUGACUGCUCAUGGUGUAUCUGCUCAUGCCAAAGGCUACACGCCAGAUUAUUCAGAUGCAUACCGCAUGGACUACCCCAACCUUGGAAAAUGUCUCAUCAUCAACAACAAGAAUUUUGCCAAAAACACUGGCAUGGCUGAGCGCAAUGGAACUGACGUUGAUGCUGCAAACAUAAUGAAAGUCUUCUGCCAGCUGGGCUUCAAAACUGUGAUCCAAAAUGACCUAAGUGUUUCACAAAUGAAACAGAUUUUAAAAUCAGUAUCCCAAGAGGACCACAGCAAGUCAGCCAUGUUUGUGUGUGUGAUCUUAAGUCAUGGGGAUGAAGGAGUGAUCUACGGCACGGAUGAAGUCAUACAGCUGACUGAGCUGACCAGACUCUUCAGAGGAGAUCAGUGUCUCUCGUUAGUUGGCAAACCGAAACUCUUUAUCAUUCAGGCUUGUCGUGGAACAGAUUUGGAUCCUGGCAUCGAGACUGACAGUGUUUGUGAUUCAGAAAGCACACAGAGGAUUCCUGUCGAAGCAGACUUCUUGUACGCAUACUCCACUGCUCCAGGUUAUUACGCUUGGAGAAACACAGCCAACGGCUCUUGGUUCAUCUCCAGUCUAUGUGAAAUGCUGACUAAGUAUGGCCGUGAGCUGGAGAUUAUGCAACUUAUGACACGUGUCAACCGCAAGGUGGCGUUGGAGUUCCAGUCUUGCUCUAAUGUUCCUGGUUAUAAUGACAAGAAACAAAUACCAUGCAUUGUGUCCAUGCUGACCAAAGAGCUGUAUUUUCCAAAGUGAUCAUAUGAAAUAAAAUCAAUAAAGUUUCAUUUAGGAGUUUGGUUGUAGAGUAAUAUGAUUGUAUGGCACACUGCACAGCAGUCUGCAGCAACAUAAUAUGAUCACAACAGUUCAUAUUUUCUUUUGUAAUCAGUAGAAAUUUGCUAAAUGGUGUCCUGCACCAUGUAACAUGUCAUACUUAAAUAACAGGGAUGUUUACACUGGCAAUAUAGGCAUGGAGGAGUAAAAAUCAUAACUUUGUUUAAAUAUACUACCUUUACAUGAAUACACUGGACUAAGAGUGGCAGAGAUAAAAGUGUAUAUAAGAUCAGGUAUUAAUGUUUAGAUUCUUGUUGAUAUUGUGGACUUUUCCCCAUUCAAAUAAGGGAAAUAUGUGAACUUUAUCCGUUUCCUAUGUUGAAACCAAACUCUGAUCAAAUUGUGCCAUUGAUUUGUUAGAUUUGUUGUCAAUUUGUGACUUUCUAAAUCAUGCCACUGCUGCUAAAAUACAACAUCUAUGUCUAUACUAUUCAUCAGUUUAUUAAAUGGUGUGAGUAUAUCAGUAGUUAAACGUAUGCAACUGUGUAUGUCUAUUGCACAGUAAUUACUCUGGGUUUUUUUUUCAUUUCCACUUUCAUGGCCAAAUUUCAUAAUCAAGUUUCAUAUUCUUUACACAACCUCAUUGUGCCAUUGAGCACAGCGAUUUUUUAAUGCAGAAUGGAAAGCAGAACUACAACAUAACAUAUGAGAUUCAAAUUCAUUUCAUGUUCAACAUCACAUUAUUUUCCGUUUCUGCAAAACAAGUACCAGUGUGCCUGUUUCACUGCCUAAAUGGUGUAAAAAUAAACAAGUAAGGUGUAAUAAAUAAUGGAUAUGUG